UCCAGGUACCUCAUGAAGAUGUUGUUGGUGUUUCUGUCUCUGGGCACUGCAGCCUGGGCCCAGGAGCAGGACAAGGUGCUGCACGGAGGCCCUUGUGAGAGGAACUCACACCCCUUCCAGGCUGCCAUCUUCACCGGAGGACAUCUGCUAUGUGGGGGGGUCCUCAUCCACCCCCGCUGGAUCCUCACCGCUGCCCACUGCUAUAAACCCAAUCUCCAGGUCUUACUGGGCAAGCACAACCUUCAGCAGUGGGAGGCGACGCAGCAGAAGAGCACAGUGAUCCACACCGUGAUCCACCCGGGGUACAACUCCAAAACCCACGACCAAGACAUCAUGCUUCUUCACCUGGAACGCCCCGUGCGGAUGUCAGGGCGCAUCCAGCCCCUGGGCCUGGAGAAAAGCUGCUCGUCCCAUCACACCAGCUGCCACAUCCUGGGCUGGGGCCUGACAGCAGACGGAACCUUACCCAACACGAUUCAGUGUGCCGACGUCCACCUGGUGUCCCGGAAGGAGUGUGAGCUCGCCUACCCAGGCGGGAUCACCGAGAACAUGGUGUGCGCCGGGGACGAGUGGAUGGGGACAGACACCUGCAGGGGCGACUCUGGAGGUCCCCUGGUGUGUGGUGGCCGGCUUCGGGGCCUGGUAUCCUGGGGCAACCUUCCCUGUGGCACCAAGGAGAAACCAGGGGUCUACACUGACAUCUGCAGAUAUGGCAACUGGAUCCAGAAAACCAUCGACAGCAUGGCCUGAUCUGCACCUCCUGCCAACAAACCCCAGAACCUCUCUGACCGCCACCUUGCCUUCCCCCUACCUGUCCCACAAAUACAGUUUCACACACCACUGCCGGCUGGUCCCGGCUCUCUCUCCCUGAGUCAGUGUAAUAAAAACAAACUGGAGUGUUCCCAGCAAAACAGCUAGGAUCCGGCCUCUCAGGGAUGGGACCCACUAAUCCCAGCACUGAACACCCAA